AUAAUACGUUUUACAUACGUACAUCUGGUAUUGGCGUAUUACUUAUAGAUAUUGAGAUAUAAGUUUGUCACAUGCUAUCUUUAUCUGUCGCAGCCUUGGGUAUAUUCACCUGUCCAGAUUAUCAUUUCCUGACAAGUUGACCAUUGUGAUGAUAUUGUAGAGGAUCAGAGCGAUGAGGUUUUACGUCCCACUUCUGUCGUUGGUCCUCCUGUUCCACGAGGCGCGUGGCGCCGGCAUCGUAACACAAAUCACUGUCGCUCAGCGUGCAGUGAGAUACUUCAACCCAGAGCCUGGCAAGAAUUACAGCAAGAUACUCAAUCAUGAAUCAUCCUCAUUUUACAGUGGAACAUCGUAUCCUGAUGCUUAUUACAAUGAACUCUGUGAAUUUGGAAUAUUUUCAAAUAUAUCAGACGACACCAAAACAGGAGCAUUCUUAAAUGCAACAAUAAACUACAUCAACAAACAGCCCAAACCAUGGAACAAGACGACAGAGAGGAUGUUUUCCUUUAUGAUGGGGAUGAUGUCCAAUCUUGUAUCCGACCCAUUGUGGACGAGUCAGGGAGUGGACCAAGGAUUUCUGUCGUCCAUGGGAUAUACAAAUUUUCAUGGCUCUGUCCACGAAGCAAGGAAAGCAGGCAACUUUGGAGGAGACAUAGUUGUGGUGUAUCUACUGAGUCUUGUCGAUUUAGAUGACUGGUACAUCCCGGUUGACGAUCUGUAUGAAAUUUACAAGGAAUUUUACGGUUCAGUACAAAUCGACAAAUCUUUGAUAGAGUCUUGUUCUACCCUGGCUUUAGUGACAGCAUACGCAGAAUUAACUGGAAAUGCUGAGCUAUUUACAACAGUUGCGGACACGUCCGACUUCCUGGUGGAUAAUGUGAUUGAUUAUUUCCAAGGGGGGAUAAUGGACAUGUCGGUCUGGACGCACAGGAAGUGGCACGAUGCCAUAACGAUGCUGGAAAAUGGCACACAAUCAUGCCAUAUUCCACACAAUCCGCUCUUCAUAAAUUGUACAAAGAAACAGGACUCUACACUGUCAUUCCAUCCCAAAACACAAAGGCCAACAAAUAGACCCUACACCGCCGGUCUCACUGUAUCCGACCUCCAAAUAGAGAGAGAAGAGCGAGGCAUCACCAUAAGACCCGGAAAGAAAUUAAAGAAUAAGAUAGAGGAACUGAAAGCCCGCUUGACUAAUCUAAAGGAAGGACAACACAACACAGGGAAGCUGGGAGACGACUACCAUUGGAAGGUCUAUUUUGAGGACUACUCAGGUUCCCUGCUUGGAAAAGCGCUGGCGGCUGCCGAUAUAGACGGUGAUGGUAAUGUUGAUGUCACCAUUGGAGCCCCAGGAUUCUCCCAGGAAGAAAACAUAAUGGCGGGAAGGGUUUAUGUUUUGUACAGUGGUGUAAACGGAUUUCAAAGGUUGCAUAAAUAUGAUGAAUAUAUCGACAUAAACAACUUGACUUUAGGAUUUAACCGAAUAUUUGAUGGAGAGGAAAAGAAACAGUCUCGGUUUGGUUCGUCCUUGGCAUUACUUGAUGUCAACCUUGAUGGUAUGCUGGAUUUAGCGAUAGGAGCCAGCUCUUACGGAAACACGAACCCUCUAGACUACAAUGGCAGAAUUUUUAUAUACUUUGGAACCGGAAAAGACAGAAAGUGGAACCAGAAACCAGACAUUACUCUGACCUGCGAGUCUAAAUUCUGUACCCUUGGAUACUCACUAGCCGCUGUCGAUGUUAACAAAGAUGGCCGACCAGACCUGGUGAUGAGCUCUCCUCACUACAGCCUUGGCAACCUGACACAGAAUGGAAUGGUUGCUGUUCUCAUCUCUAAAUCUACAGGUUUAUUUCGCCUAAGUUCCGGGACCACUAUUCCUGUAGAAUCGCUGACAAGGAAAAUAUACGGGGACCAGUCUUACAGUUGGUUUGGUCACCGGAUAAGCGGGAAGAAGGGCGUUCUGUUGGUGAAUCAGCCAUACUUCAGGAUCUGUGAGGAGCCAACAUGUCCAUCUUUUUCCAAAACUGACAAACAAGCUGUUGGAAAAUUACAUGUUUACAACUUUGGUGACACUUUAAUGACCAAUAUGUCUAUAGCUGGUCGUGAUGCGUUCGACCUUGCUGGACAUAGCAGUGAUUUUGGUGACCCCUUCGGAAAUGGUUCAUUGGUCAUUGCGGUGGGGGUGCCUGGCGCUGACGUGGAGGGAGAAAUUUUUACUUUACUAAACAAGCUGACACAAGCUGGAAAAGUGAUUCUGCUUAAACUUCUAAACGGUCAGCUGACAGAAAUAGCGACUUACGAGAGCGAUAGACGGUACAGCAGGUUCGGCAGCCGAGUCAGUUUUGUGGACAUUAACGAUGACGAGAUUGACGAUUUACUGAUUGGGAGCCCAUACAGAAAUGAUGACCCCUCCAAUCUAUUUAGUAUCGAAUUCGAUGGGAAGACGUACGCAUUUUAUGGAGGACAGAAUUUUACUGUGGGCAAUGCCACAAAGAGACACUGCAACAGGAUAUCUCCCUGUCCGGAUAGAAACGCUAAUCAUACUUUUGCUGCCUACUACAACGAUAAGAAUUAUUUUGGAGACAAUUUCGUAACUCUGCCCUGCGCAAAUGUGACACAGUUGGUGAUAUCGGCGUCCAUAUGUGCCGACUCCUUCGACGAUUAUGGAACACUUUCCAGCUUCGUAUAUGUAUUCGACACAGGUAGAAAAUCCGGAGAAGUCUAACAUCCAUUUCUGCAAUACUGUUACACAGGACUCAACACUGUACUAUAAUCACGAGAGUUUGUGAUACCAGGAGAAAAAAAACAAGAAGAAUAGAGUUUGAUUUCGCAAUGUAUUGUGGAUAAUAUAUAUACUGUACUAAUAAUGGUGACGAAAUGAUACUGCCAGGUACCUCAGACGAAAUAUGCUGCAUUUACUAACACCUGUGCUUCAAUCAUAUUUUCUACGAAUGCGUAUACAUGUAUAUUGCUAAUGUUUGCUUGGUUAUUUCAUGUCAAAUUAUUGUCCAAGACAUUUAUAUACAUAAUGAAAUCUGAAAAUGACGACAAAUCACAGGAACCGGUAAUGUUGUCUGCAGCAAUAGUAGAAGGGGUCUGUAAGGGGGUGGUAGAUGAUUUAGACCCCUACUAUUAUUGUUACAGACAAAAUUAUCAAUAAAACUGUUUUAAAUGUGUAAAUAACAACUUGUAUGAUUUACAUGUUAAUGUGUCAAAUAAUAUAACUCACAAAACACUGUCUCUCAUCUAUGUUUAUGUAAUAUUUA